AUGCCUCUUGAACUCUCUCAAUUGGUUCCGACUUUUAUCAGCCUGCUCAACCCAUCUACGUGGCUCUCCUCGUUAUUUCAGAAAGAUUUUCCAUACGUUUUACGGUAUCCAUUUGCGCACGCGCGUGCUGCGUCCGUGGCCGCAGCUCGUAAGCGACCAUCGGUGGCUCUUAGUCCCGACGACGACAACCUUUCUUCAGACUCGGCGAUCGAUACGUCUAUUCAAGAAGGAUCCGAGUCCAUAAGCUCCGGAGAGCGCAGAAAGCGGCCAGCAGAAGACGAAGAUUCUAGCGAGCAAGCACCACGUCAGCGGCGCAAGAUGACCCAGCUCCCUCUAGAGGACGAAUAUCAAGGAAAUUCUUGA